AUGGCUGCGGCCGCGGGGAGGAAGGUGGCGGUCGCCGCCGUGCAGUUCGCCUGCACCGACGUCGAGGCGGAGAACGUCGCCACCGCCGAGAGGUUGAUUAGGGAAGCACACAAGAAAGGUGCAAAGAUUGUACUCAUUCAGGAAUUGUUUGAGGGGCACUAUUUCUGUCAAGCUCAAAGGUUGGAUUUCUUUCGGCGCGCUAAGCCUUACAAAGGCAAUCCAACAAUUAUAAGGAUGCAACAGCUUGCAAAGGAGUUGGAAGUUGUGAUACCUGUCAGUUUUUUCGAAGAAGCAAACAAUGCACAUUAUAAUUCGGUGGCCAUUAUCGAUGCUGAUGGCACUGAUCUUGGACUCUAUCGCAAAUCACACAUUCCAGAUGGACCAGGUUAUCAAGAGAAGUUUUAUUUCAACCCAGGUGACACUGGCUUUAAGGCUUUCAAAACCAAGUAUGCCACGAUUGGUGUUGGAAUCUGCUGGGAUCAGUGGUUUCCAGAGUGUGCAAGAGCAAUGGCACUUCAGGGGGCUGAAAUACUGUUUUAUCCCACUGCAAUUGGAUCUGAACCCCAGGAUGGUAGCCUGGAUUCCCGUGAACAUUGGAAGCGAGUUAUGCAAGGCCAUGCUGGUGCCAACUUGGUCCCUCUUGUUGCUUCCAACCGGAUUGGCAGAGAAACUGUUGGGACUGAGCAUGGCAAGAGCACGAUAACCUUCUAUGGGAAUUCCUUCAUUGCAGGACCAACUGGAGAAAUAGUGAAGCUUGCUAACGACAAAGAUGAGGAAGUGCUGGUGGCAGAGUUUGACUUGGAUGAGAUCAAGUCGACUAGGCAUGGCUGGGGGAUAUUCAGGGACCGGCGCCCUGAAUUAUACAAAGUGCUAUUGACGUUGGAUGGCAAGAAAUAA